AUGACCAGACUCGAGAGGAACAUGGGCGAGUCUUCGGCACUACAUCGCCUCGCGGCGGUGUCUGGUGAAACUAUUGUGACUUCGCUGCUGAGCACAGCGACGCCUGAUGCUCAACGUGCCGCCAUCCAAGACUUUAUGGUGCGCGAGCUCGCCGAAGCGAAUCGGCGAGUCCCGCGCACUUCGCACCAUGAUGCUAUCAAUAUGGAGACGUCAAUGUACUCCGGUGAUGGUCCGGAUCGUCUCCCCCUUAAUCGCUGGUUUCGCGAGGUGGAUAUUGCAAUAGCGUCAGGAUUAAUUGACGCUCCGACGUCCAAGGUCAAUUUCCUGUUGUCUUGCCUUGCCGGCAAAGCCAAGAAAUGGGCUCUCGGAAAGCUCGUCGUAGAUGAGUCGGCGUUUCCUACGCUGGACGAUAUCCAGCGUGACUUACGACUGGCUUUCGAGCCUCCUCAAGAUGAAUCUCCCUUGCAGGGCAUGACGCGUUACUGCCUCACACGUGCUGAGCCAAAGUCCCUCGAGGGGGCAUUUGCCCUCGCGCUUCGUGAGGAUUACACUGUCGCGUCGUCGUACCUGCACGCAGCGUCACAACAUUCCCGGACGUCUGGCUUAGAGCCAAUGGAAAUUGAUGCAAUUGAGUCCUCUCGUGGUCGCGGCAAAUCAUUAAGCCGCGACAUUCGCAAUCCUAACACGAUGAAGUGUUUUCGCUGUGGUAAAACAGGCCCCGUGCGGCUGUCUGUCGUGCACCUGCGCCGGGUCGUGAACGAACUCGCCACGACUAGUAGUCAACACAGAGAGAGCGAUGGCCCUCUGUGCGCAGUAUGUUCCGUUACACUGACGGAGCCACAGAACGAAGCGGUCGAACAGCGGUUCCCGCAUACACAGACAUCGGUCGAACAGGGGUUCCCGAUGCACAACGAGGCGGCGGUCGAGCAGGGGCUCCCGCAUACAAGCACAUCGGACGAGCAGAGGCUCCCUAACAAUUUCGAGGCGGUCGAGCAGGGGCUCCCGCAUACAAGCACAUCGGACGAGCAGAGGCUCCCGAUCAAUUUCGAGGCGGUCGAGCAGGAGCUCCCGCAUACAAGCACAUCGGACGAGCAGAGGCUCCCAAUAAAUAUCGAGGCGGUCGAGCAGGGGCUCCCGCGUACAAGUACAUCGGACGAGCAGAGGCUCCCGAUAAAUAUCGAGGCGGUCGAGCAGGGGCUCCCGCGUACAAGUAUAUCGGACGAGCAGAGGAUCCCGAUAAAUAUCGAGGGGGUCGAACAGGGGCUCCCGCAAACAAAUGAAGCGGUCGAAGACGAGCUCUCGCUUUUGACUGACGAGAUGGGGCGGACUAUGGAUCCGCAUGAGACCGACGUGGUGGAGACAGAGCUCCCAAGUCUAGAGGGGGGUACAUCAUCCUCUUGUGAUAGCGACGUGUCAGUCUCGAGCAGGGGCUCGAGACGCAAGAGAAAACGCAAGAAAGGAGCACGCCGAUCACCGAGACGACGCAAUUUACGUCAACAUGCUGAUACAUCUGAUUCGGUGGUGACGGAAUCCGUAUGCGCCCUUGAAUAUGUGGAGGGAUCCCCACAUCGUGGCCGCUACAUUGAGGUAGAGAGCCCACCGUGCACUGCUGCAGAUAUCACAUCUCUACCAGACCUUAAAUGGAAAGACUUCCUUCAUGACCUCAAGGCCGGCGACAUCGAGCAAGUGUGCAUCGUUUCAGCCACCGAAGCAGCCAGUGAAGAAGUUCUGGAGGCUCACCCGAAGAGCGCCGAGCCUAAAUCAGCGCGCGAAGAACGCUUCGCGGCACAGUCUUGGGAUGCUAUUCGUGCUUCGGGCAACCCUGUAUACGAUAUCGUCCGUGAGUACGCCGAUAUUUUCCUGGAGAAAAUUCCAGCUGAGCUUCCGGCGGAUCGUGGUGUGCGGCACGAGAUAGAUCUCGUGCCAGGAUCGAAAUAUUGCGUGACACGGCAGUGGCCCUUACCGCGCGACCAAGUCAUCGCUAUUGAUUAA